AUGGGUUUUUCUCAAUUUGAACUUAAUGAUUAUUUUACUGGUUCUGCUUUUUUAGCUUGGCUUCGCAUGGAUAAUCUUCAAAAAUAUGCUGGUCAUUCAUCAAACAGUUGGCAUCAAUUACAAUUUCAAUUUGUAAAACAGACUAUUCAACGAAUGACAGAUAUUGGAAUUACACCAGUAUUACCUGCUUUUACUGGUUUUAUGCCUCGAACAGCACCGUUACGUUUUCCUUCAGCAAAAUUUCAUUAUUCAUCAGAUUGGACAAUUAAUUUUUUCAAUUUAAUUUCUCAUUAUUAUGCUUGUGAUCUAUUUAAUGAAAUGACACCACCGAUUAGUGAUCUUGAGUAUUUGACUGAUGUUAAUGUAGGUAUAUUUCAAAUUAUGCAAACAGUUGAUUCAAAAGCUGUUUGGGUAAUGCAAGCUUGUUUAUUUCUUUCAAGUUUUUGGACAAUUGAUCGUGUAAGAAAUUAUCUUAGUAAAGUUCCAAUAGGUCGUUUAAUUCUUCUCGAUUUAUAUUCUGAAACUCUUUCACAAUAUUUACUUUUUGAAUCGUUUUAUGGACAUUAUUAUAUAUGA